AUGUUUCCUGUCGAUGCGCGGCAGGAGGCGGCGUUGACGGACCCGGUGUUUAUGCUGAAACUUUACAAGCGCGUUGCCUACGGACUUGUGCCGCGAGCAGAGCCGGGCCGCCCGCGCUCUCUCUUGCGCACCUUCCUCUCGGUCGACCGCCGCUGCGUCGCGUCGAAAGACGUACCGGUGGACCCGCGCGGCGUUGUCGCAGACGUGUCGCCGAUCUUCCCUCCCUCGAUGCUCGCGCACCAAGACGUCGGGCUUCUUUUGCACGUCUUACCGUUGGAAGAGCCCUCGGUAGGAACUUCAGACAGCGAACUUGACGGCGGCGUUCGCCUCGGUGAUGUGCUGCUCGCCCUGCGGUUACUCAUUCCUUUUCACACGAGACAGGUGUCCGAGAUCGUUGGCGCCGUGCGGGCGACGGUGGCGAAGAGCGACGUCAUGAGCCCCUUCGAGGAGCACGUGACGGAUCUGUUAGACUGGGAGAGCAACAAGCGACGGCAGUCCAUCGAGGCGCCGCCGCCGGCGCUGACGCAGCACGAGGCGGUCUGCUUUUUUGAGGAGGUGUGCGGUCUGAGCAGCUCGCAGUCGCAGGCGUUUCUCAAGUACGUACUGUGCCAACCCAGCGAGGAGGCGGACGCCGCAGCCGCUGGUGCGCCGGCGUACGACGUUCACCUGCUGCAUCAGCUGCUGUUCAGCGAGGAAGUUCCCGCCGUGGCCGAGUACCCGCUGCUCAUGGGGCGCUUUGCGGAGGCGUGCCUCGACAGCGGCGAGCCGGAGGUGCAGCCCACCGGCUCGUUGGCGCUGCACAGCAGUCUGACAUCCAUGGAGCUCACCUACCCAGCCUCUGCCCAACAAGCACCUUUAGACUUAGAUUUUGGUUCGUUGACGCGGGCGGCGCUGUCGCCACGGCAGUUCUUUUACCUGUGCACGAUAAUGCAGACCGGCUUUCAGCAGCGUGAGUCUGAUCAGCUCUUCUACUACCUUAAAAAGGAGCACCACUCUUCCGAGGGAGUGCUGGUGUCCGACUUGAUUGCCGCCUUUCGCCAGUACUUCCCGCCGGUCACCAUGUCAGUUCUGCAGCUCGUCCACGCGGCCACCGCCAGCCUGCUGCGUCGCGGCGCCCGCGACUCCCUCGUCUUUGUGAAUCUUUACACAUCGCUGGAAGAGUGGGGGGCAUCUCGUGUUCCCAUCCAAGCCUUCGUAGGCGCCUUCCGCAACGCAGGCGUGCCAGACGGGCUUACCGGUGUGCUCGACGUCGAGUUGGAGUGGCUGCGACUGAAGGCACCGACGCGGGUGGAUCUGCUGCUUAUGCUGUGCACUCCCGUCCCGGCGAGCCGCACUGCAGUCAUACAGAAGUUGUUUCAACGCCUCGACACAGCGAAUGAAGGGCGCAUCCACGGCGGCACGUAUCUGCAGCGGUUCCAGCCGGAGCGCAUUGAGGGGGCGCCGGUGCGCCGCCAGGUUGCGCAGUGGAAGAUGGCGCUGGAGGCGUACGUGGGUGAGCUGCACGAGGAGGCGCUCGAGUACGAGCUGUUUGCAUACUUCUGGUACAUGGUGUCGGCCGGGGUGGAUGACGAUCCGACUUUUACCUUGGCCAUCUGGCAAAGUUUUGGACUUGCCGACGACGGACCUCGGCGGCGGACGCGCUGA